AAGGGAAGAGGCAGUUCUUGUCCAGAGCCCAGGUAAUCGGGGCGGGAUCAACUAGCGUCGCGGUGUGAUGACGUCACGCCCUGGCCAGGCCUGGAGUGGCGUGCUGGGCGUGCGCGGCUGCGGUAUGAAGUGUUGGUCCCAGCGUUUCAGCUGAGGUACGGACGUGCUCUAGGCCGGAAUGUUACCGACUGUCGGAUCUGUGGAUGAGGAAGAGGAUCCUGCGGAGGAGGAUUGUCCUGAAUUGGUUCCCAUUGAGACGAAGCAAAGCGAGGAGGAGGAAAAGUCUGGCCUGGGCGCCAAGAUCCCAGUCACAAUUAUCACCGGGUAUUUAGGUGCUGGGAAGACAACACUUCUGAACUAUAUUUUGACAGAGCAACAUAGUAAAAGAGUAGCAGUCAUUUUAAAUGAAUUUGGGGAAGGAAGUGCGCUGGAGAAAUCCUUAGCUGUCAGCCAAGGUGGAGAGCUCUAUGAAGAGUGGCUGGAACUUAGAAAUGGUUGCCUCUGCUGUUCAGUGAAGGACAAUGGCCUUAGAGCUAUUGAGAAUUUGAUGCAGAAGAAGGGGAAAUUUGAUUACAUACUGUUAGAGACCACUGGAUUAGCAGAUCCUGGUGCAGUGGCUUCUAUGUUUUGGGUUGAUGCUGAAUUAGGGAGUGAUAUUUAUCUUGAUGGUAUCAUAACUAUUGUGGAUUCAAAAUAUGGGUUAAAACAUUUAACAGAAGAGAAACCCGAUGGCCUUAUCAAUGAAGCCACUAGGCAAGUUGCUUUGGCAGAUAUCAUUCUCAUCAAUAAAACAGACUUGGUUCCAGAAGAAGAUGUAAAGAAAUUAAGAAUGACAAUUAGAUCCAUAAAUGGACUAGGACAAAUCUUAGAAACACAAAGAUCAAGAGUUGAUCUCUCUAAUGUAUUAGAUCUUCAUGCCUUUGAUAGUCUCUCUGGAAUAAGUUUGCAGAAAAAACUUCAGCAUGCGCCAGGAAUACAACCUCACCUUGAUCAGAGUAUUGUCACAAUCACAUUUGAAGUACCAGGAAAUGCAAAGGAAGAACAUCUUAAUAUAUUUAUUCAGAAUCUCCUGUGGGAAAAGAAUGUGAGAAACAACGACAAUCACUGCAUGGAGGUCAUAAGGCUGAAGGGAUUGGUGUCAAUCAAAGACAAACCACAACAAGUGAUUGUCCAGGGUGUCCAUGAGCUCUAUGAUCUGGAGGAGACUCCAGUGAGCUGGAAGGAUGACACUGAGAGAACAAAUCGAUUGGUCCUCAUUGGCAGGAAUUUAGAUAAGGAUAUCCUUAAACAGCUAUUUAUAGCUACUGUGACAGAAACAGAAAAGCGGUGGACAACACAUUUCAAAGAAGAUCAAGUUUGUACAUAACACUAGAAGCAUUUAUUAUCAAAAGGAUUGGCUAAUAAAAAUAAGUUUCUACUGGGUAUAUUUCAAGCAUUUAUUUAUUACUUUAGUUACGAAUUCCAAUAUACUUUAAAAUGGUAUUUUACAGCAUACAUAAAAUGUAGCAAAUCAGUAUUGUAAAACAUUUAACAUUCAUACAAUUAUAUAUAAUACCCUUUUUUUUUUGGCAUUUCACAAAAAUAUCUUUUGAAAUUGACUUUGGAGUUUACAUACACUGAAUAUGAAAGUUUAUAACAAUGAUGAUAAAACUUUCAACAUUGUCAUUUUUUCUUAGAACUUCAGCUAAUUGCAGAGAUAUAAUGAUUACAUUGUUAUUAAUUUUUUUAAAAACAAGUAAAUGUCACCAUUUUAUUACAUGAAAUAAAAGGUUAUGACUAUUA